CGCCGGUUUUCUCCACGCCAAUCAACCCAGCUUACAAGGCUCAGAAAUGUCAGAAGGUCGCCGUACAUUUUCUUUUUCAAGGGCGGAGGAAAGCCCAAAGGCGAUUUACAAGAAAAGUGGCAGAUUUUGAAGCGACGGGAGGUUCCCUGGGAAUGGCAAACAGUGUCCUUAACAUCACUUGCUUGUGGACUGACUUUUAUUUUGACAGGAUUGGUAGAGACAGCAGCUGUACCGUAUUUAGGACUUCGAGUUCAAGAUUUGAGUAUAGAUGAAAAGGCAGAGAUACUGUUUCUUGAUCAAGGUAUUACAACUGCAGCUGUGCCUGCAGUUCUGUAUACUGUUGCCAGCACUUUCCAACCGCUGCCUCAAGAUGUUUAUCGCUAUGAUUUGAAGGACCCUUUCAGUCUACAGAAGGGGUGGCUUUUGUGGGCAGGGAUUCGUCUUGCUGGUGCAAUAGCUACCAUCGCAGUGACAGGGGCUGCCGCGUCCUUGUUCAAGGGGGAGAGCCCAGAGAGUGAGAAGGACGCUCUAGUUAGCUUGCUUCCACUGAUUGGAUCUUCAAGUGUCAGCACUGCUUGCUUGCUAGGCAUCACUGGAGUUUUGGCUCCAAUUCUUGGGAAAACUGUAUUUCGGGGUUUUUUUAUGGUCUCCAUGACUAAGUGGGUACCUACACCAGUUGCUAUUGGAAUAAGUGCAGCUGUAUUUGCACUUGCACAUCUCACUCCGGGAGAGUUUCCCCAGCUGUUUGUGCUAGCUACAAGGGUACGAUAUCAAGGAAUUGCUGCAGACAACCUGAUAUAGGAGUUGGAGUUUCUUUUUCAUUGAUGAUACAGAGCAUUUUCUAAGGGGUCCAUAAAAGUUACAAGCGUCUGUAAGGCCUGCAAGGAUUACUUAAAAGUCGCCAAAGUUUAGAAUAUUUUGUUUUCUCUGGUUUUUUGUUUCUUGUUUUUUGGCUCUUAACAAUGGAGACACAGAACGGUGCAAACAAAUGGGUGGGUGGAUCAUUGAUUUGUAUAUUGUGAAUUGACGAUAAUAGUGAAGGGUUCAAUAUUAUCCCA